AUGAAGAUACUGUGGUGCAUUUUCAUUGAAGAGCCACAUACUCGGAUCUGUAACUUACGAAUUCCUAACCGACCUCUAGCAGUAAUUUUCGCUUUCGUACAGCUCACAGUUUCGGUAGCUUCAUUGUUUCAGCAUGUCUACUCCAUAUAUAAGCACCGCAAUGUCUUCCUGUGUCGUGCUGCUAUACCUGUGAACGCUACCAUUCAGCAGCGAUAUUUGGCGUAUGACAUCAUCAUAUUUGAUUUUGGUUUGAUGCAUCGAGUACUUGGAACAGAGGAAUGUGUUGCAAAUUAUCUAGAUGGAGGGUAUAUGCGAUUUGGAUGGUGUAUUGAGCAGAGCUCAGCCCUUUCACUUGCUAUAUUCUCAUUACUUUGCAUGCCAAGGCCACUAUGGUUACUUUGGCCAGGCCUUCUUCUUCAAUCGUCUUACUCAUUAGGGUUGUCAGUGCUGACUAUGGCAACUGCUCCAAAGCUUUUGGAAGCUUUGGGUGGACGAGUAGACAUGGAUUUAGGGCUUAUGUUUACGGCAUAUGUUUUCGGGUUCUUGUUCAACUGGAUUUUCACUUUUAUCCUAUGGCAUCACUACUGGCACCUCGAACGAAAGUACAAUCCUCCAAGCCUCAAGAGAAGUGCAUCUUACAAAGCACCAAAUGUUGCCACUCCGUCACCAACUGUUGCCAACGUAUGA